AGAAAGAGAAUUUUUCUCCUUAAUUUUUCAACAUGUUCUUACUUGUCUGUCAAUGCUGGGGAAACAUGCUCAAGUUCCUUAGUUUUUUUGUAGAGAUAGCUAUAGAAAAAUAGUUCUCAUUUUACCUGCAACUUCUCAUGGACCCUAAUUUCUCAAUGGUCUGAAAUCCAUCUUGUCAUGAACAUAUUACUGAAGCAGCAGAGACAAAAAUAAGGAAGAUUUCUUCCCUCAAACCACAGACUUGUCAUGUCUUAUUAUUACAAUGAAUCUUUUGAAAAUCCAGACUACCACUUCUCAGAGACACUGGAAAUUGAUAGAAACAGGAGAUCUCAAAGGAAUCUGUUACCUCACCAAAACCCCUAUGAUUCUUCACCAUAUGGUAUCUACGGAGAGCCCAAUGGAAGAAGAGAGAAUUACUCUCCAGACAUACCAAUGGCCUCUGUGAGACAUGGCUCCGAAUACAGAGAAAGUUUUCCAAGAGCUGAUGUCCAAAGCAGAAGUCCAUAUGGAAAAUUCUAUGAUAAUCAUUCCUUUGAGCCUGAGCCAGAAUGGGCAUACAGCCCACCUUCUCCCUUCCAUCCGUUGGAUGGCCCCUAUGCUUCCAGUUUUUCCAAUGCAUCGGAAGAAGAAAAGUUAGUUGAAAAUCUUGCAAGUAUGUCCACCCAUGAAAGGAUUAAAGCAAUCCAGAAAAUGCCAGAGACCAUGAAAAAAAAGAGAGAAAUCAGGAAUAACGUUCUUAAAGAAAUCACAGAAAAAUCAGGGAGACGCGGUACUCAGCUUGACUGCUGUACACAGUGCCUGCGCAGAACAGAAGUGUCUUUUAGACAAUUUAGAAAUAGCUUGUCAGAACAUUUUCACCAACUGUGGUUAUGGCACAAGACUCUGAAGAUCAUUGGUGGCGAGUUUGGAACAAGCGUUCUUUCGUAUUUUAUUUUCUUGAAGUGGCUGCUAAGUUUCAACAUCUUCUCAUUCCUCAUAAACUUCAGUUUCAUCACAGUCCCUCAGUUUGUUGCAGCAGAACCAAAUAACCUUUCAUUCACGGGUCUGGAGCUGCUCACUGGAGCUGGUUAUUUUCAACAAACUGUACUCUACUAUGGCUUUUACACCAAUGCUACAAUCAGUAAAACGGAGAAUGGUGCAUCUUAUAACAUGCAGCUGGCCUAUAUUUUUACUGUUGGCAUAUAUUUUGUCAUCUGUUUGCUUAUCUUGUUGUUCAGCAUGGCAAAAUCCUUCUGCAGGAACUUCAUUAAUCCUCAGACAUACUCUGGAAAUGCUAGCAAACUUCUCUGCACUUGGGACUUCAAUAUAACUAAUGAAAAAGCAGUGAAGCAGAAACAAAAGAAUCUCAGCACACAAAUAAAGGAAAGCCUCACUGAUGUAAACAAGGAAGUUGUAAAUUUUUCUGUAACAGAGAUACUUGUUCAUAUUCUUAUUCAUCUUGUUGCCUGGGCUGCUUCCCUGGGAACAGCAGUGGCUGCUUGUGCCGGUGUUUACUUCCUCUCCAUUAAUAAUCUAGAGCUGUUUAUGGAAGGGCAUAAAAAUGACCUGGAGAGCCAAGCUGCCAUGUUGGUGCUACCAAUUGUUGCAUCUCUCCUCAAUGUGCUCAUCCCAUUCUUCUACUCAUGGCUUGGACACCUGGAGAAAUUUCAGAAUCCCAGAAACAGGACAUAUGUCACUAUUGCCAGAAAUAUCAUCCUGAAAAUAUCAAUUAUUGGAAUACUGUGCUACUACUGGCUUAACAUUGUGGCGGCAUCAAAGUCCCAGUGCUGGGAAACACUGAUUGGCCAAGAUAUCUAUCGUCUUAUUCUGGUUGACUUCAUAUUUUGUUUGCUUGGCUCUUUUUUUGGAGAGUUUUUACGAAGAAUUAUUGGAACUACAGUCUGUGUAAGCCUGGGAGUGCCAGAAUUUGAUAUUGCACGAAAUGUUUUAGAUUUGAUCUAUGCACAGACUUUGACCUGGAUUGGUAUUCUCUUCUCACCUCUGCUGCCUGCUAUCCAGAUGAUAUCAUUUUCUAUAGUAUUUUACACAAAAAAGGUCAGCCUAAUGAAGAAUUGCCAACCCCCUCGCCAAGUCUGGAGAGCAGCUCAGAUGACAACGUUCUUCCUGUUCCUGCUGUUUUUCCCUUCCCUCACUGGAGUCCUGUCUGUCAUUGCAGUUACUGUCUGGAGGUUAAAACCUUCAGAAGAAUGUGGUCCUUUCAGAGGUUUGUCUUCUAUGUUUGCAGCAGUCUCUGAGUGGAUAAAAAUACUGGAAAAUUACACUGGCUCAAAAUGGGUAGUGUGGAUCUACAAUAACUUAAUUACAAGUGAACUUUUCUUCUUCAUCCUCUCCAUCAUUUUCCUAAUUAUUACUUAUCUUUACUGGCAAAUAAUAGAAGGAAGAAAGACCAUGGUCAAGCUCUUACAUAAGCAAAUUGUUAACGUUGGAAAAGAUAAAAUGUUUUUACUUCGAAAGCUCCAUUUACUACAGAGGGCAAAACAAAACCCAUCGGUGCCAAGAGGACGAGACCAGCAGGGAAGAUCUUCAUACCACCCAUCCAUGCAAUGUGCCCAGCAAGAGCCAAACUACCUAGGCAGGACAUUUGACAGAAAUCAAAAUGCAUCCUACAAUGAGUAUCCCUAUUCUGCUGGGAUCUUGACGCGGACUGACUUCCCACCUGAUUUGGAUACAUCCCAGCCCAGCAGCAGCCCAGGCGUGUCUGAAGCAGUGGCACUUGCUCUACGUGCCAGACAAGCAGCUCAGUGGGAAGAUUAAGAAGACGAUGUAGAUUUCCAACUGCAAGCAGGCAGGAUCAGUGGUAAAUGUUGUCACUGAUGCUGUGCAGAAAACAAUACCGAUCCACAUUCAUGACUGAAAGAACCACUUUUUCCUCCCCAAAUGGAACAAAAAUAGGAGACUGCAAAAUGUAUCUUCCCUGCAGUUUAUUGUAAGACAGGGAACGCACUGCAUAUUAGGUUUGGUUUUGUAGUGAAAUUCUGGUGAUAAUAUGGCCAGGCCUGGAGGAAGACUUUAUCUUGUUCCACUGCUGGUCAUUUGUUGUUGACUAAAUGUAAGAAAAUUUGUGCCUAAUUUUAAGUAAAAAGCUUUGGUCUAAAGCUAUUUUUAUAUGUUAGAUUGUUCAAACAGCUUUUAUCUGAUCUAAACCAAAGGUGGAGUAGCAGUCAAAUAAAAACUAAAAAACUAAAACUAAAGUGCAGUUGUUUUGAAUGA